AUGUCCCAACAAUCUUAUUCAUUCCUUUGUCUUCGUUAUGUUCUCGUUUGGUUAUGCAUUUCAAUGGUUAUUAUUCAGCUUACUCAAGCAUUAAACGAUGAUGUAUUCGUAUCAUCAAGUGAGGAUAAUACUAAUCAUCAGUUAGAUCGUCGUAGUUCGAAAAAAGUUGCUCAAAUGUUACAACAAAUUUUACAACGUGGUGAAAUGCAAGUUCAACCACAACGUAUUCAUGCAUUUCUUAAUCAACUUCAUCGUCGUGAAACAAAUGACUAA